AUGGUUGUGGUUGCUGUCGCCGGCGGUACUGGCAACAUAGGCCGCGCCAUCGUCGACGCCCUUGUCGCCACGGGCAAGCACGAGGUCAAAGUCCUCUCACGCAAGGUCGACCCUGCUCUGGAGGUGGAGAUGGGGGCGUCUAUGCUGCCGGUGGACUACACCGACACCGACGCGCUGGCCAAAGUCCUGGAGGACAACAAGAUCCACACCGUCGUGUCGGGCAUCGCGAUGCAUAGCGAAUUCGUCAACGGCACCGUCCCGGGCGAGAUCGCGCUCAUCCGCGCCGCGGAUCAGUCCAGCACCACGAAGCGCAUCAUCUCUAGCAGCUGGGGCAUUAGUGUCACUGAGAGCAUGGCCGCCCAGGUCAGCUCCACGCGCCGCAAGCUCGAGGUCAAGGAGGAGCUGGCCAAGACCAAGACCCUGGAGCACACCCUCUUCAACAACGGCUACUUCAUGGACUACUGGGGCCUCCCCAAGGUCCCUUCCUACCUCUCCCGCAUGCCAAACUAUCCCUUCUGGAUAGACAUGGAAAACAACGCCGCCGCGCUGCCGGGGUCCGGCGACGUGCCCGCGCACUUUACGCACACCGCCGACGUCGCCCGCUUCGUCGCCGCCAGCCUGGAUCUGCCCAAGUGGGAGCCCGAGACGGACGUGUACGGCGACCGUCUCACCUGGAACGAGUUCCUCCGUCUGGGUGAGGAUGCGAAAGGAACCAAGUUCAACGUGGUCUACGACAGCGUGGAGAAGCUCAAGACCGGCCAGACCACGGAGCUGCCCGCUCACGUCCCGCUGUAUCACAUCUUUCCCAAGGAAGGCAUGGACAGCAUGGGCGCCCCCUUUGGUCUGUGGUUCGAGCAGGGCAUGUUUGAGCUGAAGCCGGCUGGCAAGUUCCUCAACGACCAGUUCCCCGAGAUCAAGCCGAUGAAGGUCAAGGAGAUGUUGGACAAGGCCUGGAGGAAGUAG